AGGAAGUGGAGUCGCGUAAGGCAUUCUGGGAUCGCGGAGGAGCAAACAUUGGCGGAAAGAUCAGAAAGGCGGCUGGGAGAGGCGCCAUGGCUGUGCUCCUGGAGACCACGCUGGGAGAUCUAGUGAUUGAUUUAUACACGGAGGAGAGACCGAGAGCUUGUCUAAAUUUCCUGAAGCUUUGCAAGACCAAAUACUACAAUUACUGCCUUAUACAUAAUAUACAAAGAGAUUUUAUCAUACAAACUGGAGACCCCCUGGGGACUGGUCGUGGAGGUGAAUCCAUAUUUUGCAAAUUGUAUGGUGAUCAAGCUAGAUUUUUUGAAGCAGAGAAAGUGCCAAGAAUUAAACACAAGAAAAAGGGAACUGUGUCAAUGGUAAACAAUGGGAGUGAUCAGCAUGGAUCUCAGUUUCUUAUUACUACAGGAGAAAACUUAGAUUAUCUGAAUGGUGUGCAUACAGUGUUUGGUGAAAUAACAGAAGGCAUGGAUGUAUUGAUGAAAAUUAAUGAGUCCUUUGUCGAUAAGGAUUUCAUCCCAUAUCAAGACAUCAGGAUAAACCAUACAGUGAUCUUAGAUGAUCCAUUUGAUGACCCCCCUGGUUUGGCAAUACCAGAUCGUUCACCAGAACCUACAAAAGAACAAUUGGAUAGUGGGAGAAUAGGUGCUGAUGAAGAAAUCGAUGACUUCAAAGGAAGGACUAUGGAUGAAGUGGAAGAAAUCCUGGCAGAGAAAGAAGCAAAAACACAGGCUAUUCUCUUGGAAAUGGUUGGAGACUUACCUGAUGCAGAUAUCAAGCCACCUGAAAAUGUUCUUUUUGUCUGCAAACUUAAUCCUGUGACAACUGAUGAAGACCUUGAAAUCAUAUUUUCCCGAUUUGGUUCGAUAAAAAGUUGUGAAGUGAUUCGAGAUUGGAAAACUGGUGAAUCUCUCUGCUAUGCCUUCAUUGAGUUUGAAAAGGAAGAAGAUUGUGAGAAAGCUUACUUUAAGAUGGACAAUGUCUUAAUAGACGACAGGCGAAUACAUGUUGAUUUUAGCCAAUCUGUUGCAAAGGUGAAAUGGAAAGGAAAAGGUGGGAAAUACACCAAGGAUGAUUUCAAAGAAUAUGAAAAAGAUCACAACAAAACUUCUAAAUUAAGUCUGAAAGAGAAAGCAAAACCCAAGCAAGACUCCAAAUAUGAUCUUGUGCUGGAGAAUGAAGAGGAGGAAGCCAGAACCAGCCACAGGCACUCUGAUAAAAAGAGGAAGCAUUACUAUUCAGACAACACCGAUGAGGAGGAGGAGAAGAGGAACAGAAAAACCAAAGUAUUAAAUGAGCCUGGCCGAAGGCACAAAGAAGAAUGCAAUAGGGAGAAAAGAAAAAGCGGCAAGCGAGAGAGAUGCCAGAGCCAUUCUCGGGAGAGAGAAAGCCACCACAAAAAGUCUAAAGACAAGCAUUCCGAGGAAGCCUGGGAAAGAGACCACGAUGAAGAGAAAAAGUCAGAAAGGAAUCCCAAAAAGUCCAAAAAUAAGGAAAAGUCCAAAUAUAAAUAAGGACAUUCUUGGCAUUUAUCUGCCUUAGAAACUGCCAAUGCAUUUCCUUCCAGAAGAUCUUCAAGCUCCCUCUGAUUCUGCCUCAUGGAGUUCUGUGGGAGGAUAUCUUCAUUGGGUGGAUUCUACUGCUAUGUUUGUUGCCUUUUAAAAACUGCAGGUUGUAGAGAAAUUAAGAGAAAUUCAUGCUACAGUACAGUAACCAAGAGUCUGCAGCGUUUGGGUAAUUACGAAUAGCAGUCUGCUGCUGUUCCUGCCAGAAAGGAAUUCUAAAUCACUUUUAACUCUAAAAGGAGUUAAUAUGGAGGACAUUAUUCAAGACUGGAUGAAUUUACUUCCCUUUUUCUCAUAGGAAACUGCUAAUGAGUGAAGCAUGUACGGUUACAUGGAUGAGGGAGAUCUGGUUUUUGUUGCAAGUUGAGGCUUCCCUGUAGUAUUUAUACAAAUAGAAAAUAUUGAAUUUUUAUAUAUAAAAAUAUAGAAAUAUAUACUGUUACAAUACAUAGUUCAUCAUUCAUGCUAGCCCAGGAGUAGGCAACCUUGGCUCUUUUAUGACUCGUGGACUUCAGCUCCCAGAAUUCCUGAGCCAGCAUGGCUCAGCUUGGAAACCUCUCCCUUUCCCCUCAGCAUGGCUGGCUCAGGAAUUCUGGGAGUUGAAAUCCCCAAGUCAUAAAAGAGCCAAGGUUGCCUAUCCCUAUACUAGUCCAUACAAUUGGUACUGUUAAGAGUUCAUCUUGCUGAAGUGGCUCUAAAUACUUGUCGUUUCAGAGAGAAAAUGAGAAGUCUCACUUUGCACUAUAGCAGUGUACAAUAUUGAUACAUCUAGAUUGCCACAAAAGAACGACUGUCAUUUUGUACUAGCUGCAAUAUCUCCAUGCAAAUCUUUUAGUUUCACUGCCAUCUAAUAUAGCAACAUUAAUCUAUUUCAGCAAAUAUAUCAGUAAAUCUAUAUCAGUUAGGAAGCUGUAGCAAAUCCUGUGGGUUUUGUAUUUGGAUUCAGUUUUUUUUAAAUGUAGCUUUGUUUGGUAAUGUAAAAUUGUACAUUCUUAAUAAAAAAAGCUAUCAGCCCCCCAUA